GUUGGCAUCAUCACGUGGAUUGUAUUUGACGUUCAGCCAACAGUUGACGGCCACACCACAAGUCAGAAGAAUCAAGUGGGAAGUUUUCAGCCGGCUCAAGGUGUCACAAAAUGGCUGAUUCGGCAGACGUGGCAGACAGGUACAAAGGUAAGCCGGAAAUUGAGAUAUGCUACGGGGGUGAGGCUGACCUCCACAAACACCUUGUCGACUGCACCAAGAACCCAGGUCACCUUGGCUUUAUACCUGUAAAAGAUUUUACUAUGGAUCACCUCCCAGCUGGUUACCAUGACGACGAUUUUUUCGAGUCGAUCCAAACACUAAUUGAUUUGACGGUGUUUAUUAAAGUGUAUUACACCAGUGCUGAUCGCCCGAUGUUUGCGUCAUAUUUCAAUAGCCAGUACCCGGCCUACGACAUCAGGGGAAGUUCUGUGCUGAGAACUGGGUCGGGCAGGAUUUGGAGGGUGUACCGGUUCAACAACAGGAGAGAUUUGUCCUGCAAUUGUCCGAAAUGUGAGAACUCUACCAGCCCCAGCAAAGAUUUCGCCGACAUCACGAUCAUCACCGUGCCCCAUGUUGUGUUUGACGACAGCGAAGCCAAACACGCCAAAUGUCUGAUCAAUUUUGACGGUCAGAAAAGUCCGUCGGUCACGCUUGAAAUCGGUCGAUUGAACUGCAUUGACGUGGAACGGGAUUUGUGCCUGUUGACCUUUGUGACGUGUGACGUGGCGUUAAUUGAUAGGCUUUACGACAAGUGGAGCCGGUUUGAUAAACUGUGCGUGAAAAUCAAUAAGGUCAUAAAGACCCAAGCGGAUAAAUCCGACAAGAAAACACCGGCAACGUUUUCUAGAAAAUUCGCAGAUGACCAACAGCUGACCGUUAUAGUCUCACAUCCCCACGGCUGCCCCAAGCAAGUCUCGGUUGGACACAGUACCAACAAAGACGAGAAUGAGGAGUGGACCAGGUACACCUACACCACCGCGACCUGCCCGGGGAGCAGUGGCGCACCUGUGUAUAUUCUAGAGGCGGGGGAGGUUUUCAUGUCCCACCUGCAUAGCGGAGCCAACGAUAGGGGCAACUACAGCUCCGCCUGGCCAUGGGGGAGCGACGUGAUGUAA